AUGCGCCGCCUGGCGGUGACUUCCGGUACUGGCGCGAGACAGCCUCCGUCUAAGGACUCUGAGGGGCUAGUCCUGACCAAGGCGGCUAAGCCGGAAACGUGGAGGACGGGGCGCAGGGUGGUAGAGGAGCACGUCUUCUGUAUUGGGGGAUCGCGGACACAGCGGGCGCCCGGGAGAAAGACCCCAGCGGCUCUGCAGCGCCCUGGACGCGGCUCACCAGCGCUCUUACGGCUGCCCCAACCCCCUAGUCCAGCUCUAGGCUACCGCCUCACCCUCAGACUCGCCACACAGCAGACCAUGCCAUCCUUCCGCCGGGCCGGGGUCCGAGGUCCUGGAUCGGGGGCCCGGGCCCCGCCCGUACUGCUGGCCGCCGCGCAGCCCCCCGCCGCCACGCUGCUCCAGCCACUGGCAGCCUGGCCGGCGCCCGGGGAGCCGCCUUUGCCGCUGCUGCCGCUGCCCGCUGCGCCAGACCUGGCCACUGCGCUCCACCCGCCCUGGCUCCCUGGGCAGUGGCUGCUUGGUGCCCAUGCUCCUGUGAUGGGAUUGUCUCCCUCUUCCACCGUGGAGCUGGUGCCUAUUUUCCCCCAUGUCUUCCCAUCUGCUCUGCCACCUCCUGUUGGAAAAAGUUGGAUAGACAAAAGGCUACCUAACUGUAAGAUCAUUUUCAAUAAUUCUUUUGCUCUGGACUCAACGUGGGUAUAUCCUGAGGAAUCCAGAUUGUUCCAUGGGCACGAGAAGCCCCAUUUGCUGGCAGAUCAAGUUCCAAUAUCUCUGUCCAGGCCAGCUUCUGUUUCCAGACCUUUUCCCACUGUGGUGUUCGCCCCUCAGCCCGUCCCAGGUGGAUGCCUCAAUAGCCUUAAACCGGCCAGCAGUGCUCCUGCCAUCGCGAUAGCUGCCGCUGCCAUGGUCUCUGUGGACCCUGAUGGGUUCCGGGGCCUGUCCCCCUCCAGCGUCCAGCCGUACCAUGUCCUGACUUUGGCCCCCAUCAAAAUACCCCUGCGGAGCACCCCGUUCUCAGAUAAAGGCAGAGAGCGCAGCCGGGCCCCCCGGCCCCCAACCCUGAUGCUGCCUGCGGAGGGGAAGAGCCGGGCAGCCGUCAAGGAGGAUGAGGAGCCAACCUCCAUUCUAGUUCGAGGAGAGGAGAGCCUCACCAAGGGCAGCAGACCUGUGGCCUCCGCCCCCGUGCCCGGAUCCCCCUGGUGUGUGGUCUGGACAGGAGAUGACCGGGUCUUCUUCUUCAACCCAACCAUGCAGCUCUCUGUCUGGGAGAAGCCACUGGACCUGAAGAACCGUGGAGACCUCAACAAGAUCAUCGAAGACCCUCCCCACAAGCGCAAGCUAGAGGCAUCAACAACCCACCACAAUGAGGAGUCCAGUUCCGAUGAUGGCAGUGAGGACCAGAACAUGAAAACAAAGAGGAACCGGACUGAAGGUCAUGAGAGUUUGGAUCCAGAGGAGGUGGAGAGGGAGGAUGGAGCCCCCAGGACACCUCUGCCCCAGGUCCUCCUGCCCCUGGAAGAGAGGGUGACCCACUUCCGUGACAUGCUUCUGGAGAGAGGGGUGUCAGCGUUUUCUACCUGGGAGAAAGAAUUACACAAAAUUGUGUUUGACCCACGCUAUCUCCUGCUAAACUCAGAGGAACGGAAACAGAUAUUUGAGCAGUUUGUCAAGACAAGGAUAAAAGAAGAAUACAAGGAAAAGAAAAAUAAAUUGCUGCUAGCCAAAGAAGAAUUCAAAAAACUUUUAGAGGAAUCAAAAGUGUCACCCAGGACCACAUUCAAGGAGUUUGCUGAGAAGCAUGGCCGGGAUCAGAGGUUUCGACUUGUUCAGAAAAGGAAGGACCAGGAGCAUUUUUUCAACCAGUUCAUACAGAUUCUUAAGAAACGGGACAAGGAGAACAGAGUGAGGCUACGGAAGAUGAGAUGA